CAAUUAAUUUCUUAUGCAUACGUAUGCAACUUUAGGACUUAAUUAUAGUGUCUACAGUGUGAGUAGUGAAAAUAAUGCAUCAUUUUGGAUUAUUUCCAGGCGUUCUCUCCAUUCUAACCUUCGUUACGUUUUCGGUCGUUUCAACUGAUUCAUUAUUAAUUUUACAGUGAUAUAUUUGUAAAAAAAAAUAAAUAAAUAAAUAAAAUAUCAUCAAUCAUGCCUGGACAAGACGCGGUGGCGGUCCAAUUACUGCCACCAGAGACAGAAGAACCUUCGGCACCGUCAUCACAGCCAAUUGUUGGCAUCAUCUAUCCUCCACCGGAGGUUAGAAAUAUUGUCGACAAAACUGCGAGCUUCGUAGCGAGGAACGGCCCGGAGUUUGAAUCCAGAAUUCGUCAAAACGAAUUGGGCAAUGCUAAGUUUAAUUUUUUAAACUUCGGUGACCCGUAUCAUGCAUACUAUCAAUUCAAAGUUAAGGAGUUCAAAGAAGGCAAAGCCCAAGAUCCUGUUGGUGGUACUGCUCCAAGGGGUGUUACUCUCGGUACACACCAGAAGCAGCAAGAGAUUCUCAAGUCUGUGGAACAACCAUUUGUACCAAAAGAUCCACCACCAGAGUUUGAAUUUAUUGCUGAUCCGCCGUCUAUUUCAGCACUUGACUUAGACAUUGUUAAGUUAACAGCUCAAUUCGUAGCAAGAAAUGGGCGUCAAUUCUUAACAAACUUGAUGAAUCGCGAGCAGCGUAAUUUCCAAUUUGACUUUUUACGGCCCCAACACUCUUUAUUUCAGUACUUUACAAAAUUAUUGGAACAGUAUACAAAAGUGUUGAUUCCACCAAAGGAUUUGUUACCCCGAUUGAGAGAUGAGUCUUAUAAUAUGGAGAAAAUAUUGGAAGAUGUUAAGUACCGAUCUGAGUGGUUAAAAUACCAAGAAGCCCAGCGCCGUAAAGAGGAAGAAGAGAUGGAGCGUGAACGAGUCGCUUACGCCCAGAUUGAUUGGCACGAUUUUGUCGUCGUUGAAACUGUUGAUUAUCAGCAGUUUGAAGUUGGUAAUUUCCCGGCUCCAACCACUCCAGAUGAGGUCGGUGCUCGUGUUUUGAUGCAGGAACGUAUUGAAGAAGGAGAAGACGUUGAAAUGCAAAUAGAGAGCGACGGCGAUGAUGAAAUGCCGAACCGCAGUGACAUGGACAAAGAAAGAACAGCCAAGGACAAUAACCAAGUCCAAGAUAUGGAAGAAGACUCGAGUGACGACGAGACUAGUACUAUGGAAAUGUUGUCGCUUGAUUCACAAAAGGCACGCGAUGCUCGAGCUAACCGAGAUUCUAUGCAACCACCUCCGUUACCACCGACACCAGGCAACGUGGUUGUUAGAAAAGGAUACGAUCCAAAACAACACAGUAUUAAAGCAGCUAAACCAGCUUCUAAUGAAGAGUAUCUCAUUUCUCCGCUUACUGGUGAACGUAUUCCUCCUAACAAGGUCCAAGAGCACGUAAGAAUUGGUCUGUUGGAUCCACGCUGGGUUGAGCAGCGUGAUAAGCACAUCGAUAAAGUCGCUCAAGAGACUGUAUUUGCACCUGGUACUGCUAUUGAAGCGAGUUUGAAACAACUUGCUGAGCGUCGUACUGAUAUUUUCGGUGUUGGAGAUGAAGAGACAGCCAUUGGUAAGAAAAUUGGCGAAGAAGACAAAAAGAAAGACGAUAAAGUUACUUGGGACGGUCAUACAUCAAGUGUCGAAGCUGCUACUCGAGCUGCAAGAGCCAAUAUUACUCUUGAGGAACAAAUUCACCAGAUCCACAAAGUCAAGGGAUUGCUUCCGGACGAGGAGAAAGAAAAGAUUGGACCAAAGCCAGUCGUAAGUCGUGCAAAUGAAUUGACACAUAUGGCAGCAGUUGCUUCUAAACCACAAGCUACUCUGAAAGCUCCGCCGAAACCACCAGUACCCAAACCAAUGCCGGUACAAGCUCAACCUCCGCCACCACCUCCACAGAUCGCUAUUCCACCGACGAUGGCUAUGCCUCAGCCGCCAAUGAUUCCUCAACCACCGAUGAUGAUGAUGGCUCCGAUGCCUCCAAUCAGACCUCCACCACUCAUGACUCCGGCUAUUUCUCCAUUCAUGCCAGCUCCUCCGGCUAUGCAGCCACCGUUGCCCGCUCCGAUGACUAUGAAGCAUCCGAGUGAAAUGCCCUUAGAAGAAGAGCCACCGACUAAAAAACUUCGCACGGAAGACUCGCUUAUCAACGAACAACAAUUCUUGGCACGCAACAAAGGACCUGUUCAACUGAACAUCGCUGUGCCUUCAAUGACCGAAAAGACCGAGUGGAAACUCCAUGGACAAACUUUGACUAUUACUUUGCAGCCUAAUGAAAUUAUUGCUACUGUUAAGGCUAGGAUUCAUGAACAAACUGGAAUGCCUCCAGGCAAACAAAAAUUACAGUUUGAGGGUAUGUUCUUCAAGGACAGCAAUACACUCGCUUACUACAACCUGGUCAGCGGUAACGUUGUCAAUCUAUUGCCGAAGGAGAGAGGAGGAAGAAAGAAGUAAAGUAAUUUUUAACUUAAUUAUUUUCGCUUAUCAGCGAAUUUAUAAUGUAUCUUUAUAGUGUGACUUUAGUUAUAAGAUUGAUUUUUUUAAUUUUACUUAUCGAUUAAGGACCUCUUAUAAAAUAUUAUUAGAAAAUAAAUUAUAUUAAGGCUACUUGUUCUUGGAAUGACGUGAAUAUUAAAAAAAAUGAUUAUCUUUAUCUAACUAUAAAAAAAUUCAGCUACUGGCAUUUUGUUUCAAUAGUUGUGCAACAAUUCUUCGAUAACGCGCCACCAUUGGCUUAUAUAUCUACAAAAAAAAAAUGAACAUGUAAAUAAUUAUAAUUUGUAAAAUAAAAUGAGUGAUGAUAAUAUAA